AUGUCUACAAGAGAUCCCUUUGCUUUCCUGGAAAAAGAGCCCAGGCCGGUUGCCGUCAAGAAGCCGCAUUGGAGAGAGAAGCUAUUUUCGAAAGAGAGGGAGAAGGACAAGGAGAAGAACAUCAAUCCCCCACGACGGACCAGCAAAUCGAAGCCCAAUGGAACGGCUCGAGGGCAGCAAAAGCCCCGCCUGGACGCCUCCCAUCGAUGGCCUUCGGCUCAAGAUGUCCUGAACGCUGCUUCUCCAAUUUCCAAUCCUGCUUCCGCAACCGAGAUCUACCCUCCGACGAGCUUUCCAUCCCCACCACGGAAGACCCGCGCGCGAAAGGGCCUCAAGGUCCGAUUUUCCGAUAAAGAUCCAGAGGUGAUAGGGGAAGGUGGUGACGAGACUGAGGCUCCUACGAUGGAAAUAUCGUUGAAUCGUGGGCGUCGGUCUGAGUAUGAUUCGAAGACGCCCCAACUCCAGGUUGACACUUCGUUGGGAGCCGCGGAUGGUGUAUCACAGGCGAGAACACCUCAACGGAAGGAUACAAGCGACGGAAUCAACACAGCGGACUUGAAGCCAUUACUCAUCCAGAGCCCCCAAGACUCUGAAUUCUUGUUGACAUUGAAUCUUGGUGGCGCGGGUUCUCGUCUUUCAUUCCGAGCAUCACCUGAGUCUAACUCGUUUGCUCAGCGUGUUCGGGCGAAGAUGCAAGCUGAGGAGGGUCGUGCGCUGCAGCAUGGUUGUCAAGACUAUCCCUCCUCGCCAGAAGAGGAUGGACCACGCACUGAGAAGAAAUCUACCGCAGUCUCACCCGAGAACCCCAACUCGCUCUCAAGCACACACAAGCAGGGCGGCACGAGCCCUAUUGAACUGAACUUACCUGCUGCUCUCACCUCUGGCCCUGAGCUACGGAGUCUUUCGCCUCCCAAGCCGCAGCCGAUUCCCCGAGACCCUGUACAAAAUCAUCCAGUCAGCCGAAACGAGCGCGACACGAGUCACGGGACACAGUUACCGAAAGCUUCCCUACGAUCACUAGCCAGCCAAGUAGGUGAUACUGCCUUCACGGAUCUCAAGGCGUACGUGGCACAGUAUUCUCCUUUAAUCCGCAUCGCAGCAGAGAGUGGGAAGCCUUCGAUGGAAAUUUCUCUGGCUGAAUGGAUAAGGGCAGCGGUAUGGUGGUUCCUGCGUGGGAAGAAGAAGCUUGAAGCUUACGCACGAUCUCGCUCUUCCGGUUCUGGGGGGACAUCCCAGGGGAGCCCACUGAACAACGCCAAACAAGCCGUGGUGGACCUUGGCAAAGCCUUGUGGAUCUGUGAGAACGUCGUACCACAGCACAGUGAAUUAUCUCGAUAUGGUACUAGGGGGAUUGAUGCAAUUAUUGCUGUGGCAAGCACGACUGGCGAUAAACAUCUGGCAGAUUGUCUCUCCCUGCACCAAGCGAUUAUGAGUCACUUGCGCUCUUUGGCCAUGUCAAUCAAGAGAAAUAAUAUUCUUCCUGAACUUGCUGCUGAAGGCGAUGCGGCUGUCCAAGCGGACACGAAUGUGUGGGUGGGGUACCCGGUUUUCGCCCCUGACGUCUCAGCGGUACUAUCUGGAGCAGCAACAAGGUCUGUUUUGGUGGACAACUCCGGAAAGGGUCCAAGCAUUGUUCAGAUGAUGCCGCUGGGUGAUACGAGCCGUUAUUUCAGCUAUGGGAGUAUGUUUGUGGAGGCUUGCAUCAGUUCACAGGAAGACGACUCGCAGGAGCAAUUUUCAAUACCAUGUGCUUUGUCUAUACUACGUGACCGCGGAGACUGGUACGUAUUCGCAGCAAUUACAAGCCAGAGUGAAUUGGUCAAUGUCAUGAUCCAGUCGGACAGAAAGAAAGGGCCCACCUGGGAUGACGUGGAAUGGCAUGUCAGGUCGCAUUCCAUGCGGGUUAGGAUGCCGCGGGGCUUCGAAUUAGAUGUUUCGUUUCAAGAUGAAGAUUUCAAGAAUCUCUGGAACAUUGUCCAUUAUACGCUCAGAACCGAAGCUAGCCUUCAGCCAGAAGCUGGCGAAACCGUCAUUUUCGAAUACACGCUGAAGAACUUCCAGUAUAUGGACUCGGGCACUCCCAAGGCUUUUCCUGCGGAACCUGUGGAGCGCUGUCGGCUACGGUUAUUUGAGCGUUCCACAACGGUGACCGAAGGCACGGGCUCCCGGAGCGCUCAUCGAGGCUUUCGGUUGACAGUACUUACCAGUCCUAAGGUGAAGACAUUGAGCAGUGUCCGCCAUAUUAUUGGACAUGGCGCCCCGAUUAUUUUCGGACUGCUCAGAGGAGAGGAUGGAGCUCCCGCGCUUAUGCUUAAGGUGAAAGAAGACGGAAUGAGUCGGUCCAUGGUGAUGACGUUUCAAGAAGUCCAGGGCCGAAAUACCAUGCAUGCCCUGCUCUUGGGGAUGACCACGAGUGAUCGGGAAUUCAAGAUACCGGACAUACCCUUACGAGCCUACAGUAUCGAGCAACCCGCGGACAAGCCCAAUGGCCAGCCAGUCAAGGUUCAUCUUGAGUUUCCCGCCGGUAACGUGUCAGUGAUUGACCAAGAACGUGCUUAUGUGGACCAUGGCUAUGGUCCUACCGUCUUAUCUGAACAUUUGCGAGCUUUUAUCGCAACGGAGUGGGGUUCUGUGACAGAUCGCCUGAAUUUAGGCCCUGGUGAACUAAAAUUAGGUUUGGACGUCAACAACAGGACGGUACUCAGUUUAUAUAGACCAGCACAACAGGACUUGACAGUCUCAAUAGCCGAUAAUCUCGUGCCUGCGCAGAUGCCAGACCAAAUAGCCAGUUUCAUGCAGAUUGCCAUGGUCAAGCCCAUGGUUCGACGUUUUGAUUUUGCGUCUCUGAAAGAUCUUCAUACUUUCCAGGCAGCUGUAACGGGGUUCAACGUUCUAUUUGACGGCCUUGCUUCCUCGUUUAUGAUCUCCCGGCGCAGAAUGGUAGUCCCGAUCUACAAAAAGUGGGAAGCGAGUUUCGCUCGCAUACAAAUCGUUCAACAAGAGAAAGUCGUACAGCUGGUCGCUUUCUUGGCCGAUUUCAACCAUGGACGAUGCAUGAACUUUGUACUCAAGGGCACGGAUACGCUCGAAAGUUUUGGAAGAUCGGGCAAAUUCUGUAUUCGACUUGUUGACGCCAAGUUUGCGCUCCCGAAAACCGAAGAUGAUCCCGCUUCGAACUUUGUUUGUUUGGAUAUGCUAGAUUAUCCGAGUGAACAUGACGAUAUAAUGAUUGCAUUUGACUCCGAAGCUGAUCGUUCAGCUUUCCAAGCUGCAGUACCGGGAACAGUCCGUGAGCCAUCAAAAAUGGGCUCCCUUCGGCGGUGA